AUGCUUUUAAUUGAACCAGUUGUUGGAUCGGUUGUUAAUGCACCAUAUAAUAUUGAAUUAUUAAAUGCAGCCUAUAAUAUAUGGCAAAAAUAUGAAAAUGAAACAUAUCCAGGAUCGAAUAAUGUUGAUUAUUAUGCAUUAUUUGCAUUUGAUGCAACAUGGGCAUUAAUUAAAUCUUUACAAAAUUUAUGUUCAUCUAAUAUAACUAAUUCUUCUUCAUGUUUAUCAUUUGUUGAAUCUUCAUUUUGUUUUGAUAAUCAUUUUGAUGAAUCUGAUUUAUUAUUAUCGACACUUAAUGGAAUAGAAUUUAUUGGUGUAUCUGGUCCUAUACAAUUUAGUGAAAAUGUAUCAGAUCGAAUAAAUGGUUCAUAUUAUUCUUUAAAAAAUAUUCAACCAUCUAAAAAUGGUUUAAAUUUUGUAUCCGUAUUAGAAUAUGCUGAUCCUGGUAAUUGGAGAAUACCUAUAACAGAAAGUGUUAUUAUAUGGCCAGGAAAUUCUUUAACACAACCUGUUGAUCGAGCAAUUCUUCGAGGUGUAAGUUUACGAGUUGGUAUUAUACAAUCAGUUCCAUUUACAAUAGUACAAAAUGUAUCAGAUGGUAAUGGACAAUAUACAAUACAAUAUACUGGUUAUAUACCAGAGCUUAUUAAAUUAUUAACAGAUACAGUUGGAUUUAAUGCAACUCUUAUAUUAGCACAAAAUAAAACUUAUACAGAAAUAGUUCAAUUAGUAAAUACAGGUGAUUUUGAUAUAAUUGUUGGUGAUGUUACUGUUACUGCUCAAAGAAGAGAAUCAGUCGGAUUUUCCAAUGCUAUAUUUGAUAAUUCUUUACGUCUUAUGUUGAAAAAAACACCCGGUAUUAAUGUUGAUCUAUUUGCAUUUUUAAGACCAUUUUCACGUAGAUUAUGGGGAUUAGCUCUUGCCACUUGCAUUUAUGCUGGCAUUUUAAUGUGUCUUAUAGAAAGAGUCGAUAAUGAAGAUUUACAAGAUCGAUCAAUUAUAUCUCAAUUAACAUUGAGUAUAUGGUAUUGUUUUGGUAAUAUUGUUGGAUAUGGUGUAGAAUUUAAUGCUAGAACAGCUGCUGGACGUUUUUUAACUGUUGGUUUAUAUAUAUUAAGUUUAAUAUUAGUAGCAUCAUAUACUGCUAAUUUAGCCUCAGAAUUAACAAUAGCUAAAUCACAAUUUGUUAUAUCAGGCAUUGAUGAUAUUAAACAUGGAAAAAUAGCAUAUGGUCGUAUUGGUAUUCGUACAGGUACAGCUGCUGAAGAUUAUUUUAAAAAAGAAAUAUCUGGAGGAAGUCAAAAUUAUUAUCCAUUAACAACUCGACAAAACUUAUAUGAUAGUUUACUUGCUGGCAUAAUUGAUGUUGCCUUUUUAGAUGAAGGAGUUGCUGAAUAUGUUACUAAUAAUAUUUAUUGUAAUUUAACUUUAGUUGGUGAUGGCUUUGAUUCAGGUGCUUUUGCUAUUGUUACUCCUAAACAAUGGUUAUAUGCACAAGAUUUAGAUGUUAGUAUAUUAACAUUAAAAGAAUCAGGUCAACUUGAUGAUUUAAGACAAAAAUGGUUUCAAAUACAAAAUUGUCCUGAUUCAACAACAACAUCAACAGCUAUUGAUAUUGAAUCAGUUAGUGGAUUAUUUGUCACUUUUGCAGUUAUUACUGGUAUAGCAUUAUUAUUAUUUUUAUGGGCUAAAAAAUAUAUUAUUAAAGAUUAUUUAUCAAAAUUUAUAUGUAAAAAAGAGUCAUCAACUAAAGGAAAAUAUUCAACGGAAAGAAGCUCAAAUGAUACUUCUGAAAAUGUAAAAAAUCAUCAAGCAGUUUUGCCAGAUUUUUCAAAUUUUUAA